AUGGAUGGGAAAACAUAUAAAGCAUUAACUACAGAGUAUGAUACUCUAUAUUUACUUUAUCACAAGUCUAAAAAUCAACAUCAUAAUCAAAAAUGGUUCAUGUACUUAAAUAUUAUGAUACGUACUUUACGUAAGAUCUUAAAGCUACAAAUUGAUAUUCAAAGAAUCAAGAAAUCGCCUAAAAAGAUUGAAUAUAAAAAGAAGCAAAUUGUUACAUUAUGUAAUAAGAUCAUUAAGAUUAGUAGAGAUGCCUAUUGGGCAUAUAAUUCGAUCUUGGCAUUAGGGCAAUUUAUAACUUUAGGAUUUUCAUUACUUGGUUCAUUGACUAAAAUCUAUUCAUUGAUAUUGAAUAUACCGGGGGUUAAUGGGAAAAAAUUACAAUUGAUCGAAUCAGUAACCAAAGCUGAAAAUCUUGCUGGAUAUGAUGAUGGUGAUGAUUUGGGUGAAGAAAUUCCAUUUGAAGAGGAUGAUUUAGUAUCGGAAAGUCAUAAUUCUUUACCAAUGGAUACUGGCGCAGAAAUUGUAUCGAAUAAAAUGCCACCUGUUGUGUCUAUCAAGAUAAUAAACAUGUUGGUUUCUGAAUCAGAUUUGAAACAAUCACUUGCAUUUAAGAAUACGUAUAGACUACCUAAGAAUCAAUGGGAUGUUGUCCAGAAAGUAUUGCAAAAGUCGUUGCAAAAAUUAGUAACUGAAUGCAAUUUCGAAUUUGACACUGAAAUUCACACAGAUAAUAAUGUUUCUCGGGAUCAAUUGUAUAAAUCAAUGGAAGAUAAGAAUAAGCACUUCGAGAAGCAGGUAACUGAUUAUAUGAUUAAUGAGUCUAAGAUGGUUCUAUCAAAAGCAAAUGAAAUCAAAAAGAUCAUGAUUGGACAACUUAAAAAACUUCCAAAAAAAGGCAAAGGUGAAAUCAAUGUAAAUCAAAUGGUUGUCUCUGAGUUUACAAAAUGGUAUUUCAAAAGAAACAAGAAUAUUAAUCAGAAGAUGAAAGAAAUUGAAGACAAACUACUGCACUCUUUUGAAUCUGUCUGGGAUCAAAAUACAGAAACAAAUAAUACUAUGGUUUCUAAUAGCAGAGAACUGAAGUCAAAUAGUGUGGACUUGGACUCAAAUGGUGCCCGUGUCAAGGAAGUUGAUGAUAUUUGUUCAACAAUUGCUGAACAAGAAAUAUCCAAAAAGAGAAAGAAUGAAACAAUUGACGAUAUAUUUGGAGUGAAGAAAUCAAAGAAGGAAAGUAAAUCACCAGAUAAUAUAACAAAGAAGAAGAAAAAGAAAAAGAAAAAGGGCUCUGCCAUUGAUGAUAUAUUUAGUUUAUAG